AUGCCUCGUCGUCAGCCUUGGUUCAUUAUCAGGCCAUGUCGUCGCCGACUUUGCCUGGCAUUUCUGGUAAUAAUUUCGAUAACAAUUCUUUCAAUGCUGGGAUUCACGAGUUAUCUCAUGGAGGUACACAAUGAUUUGGACGCUAUCACCGAAUAAUUUUCAGAUUCCCUAUAAUCAGUUCGUGUGGCCGGAUAUCAAUGCCAAGCAGUACGCGAUAGUUUAGAUCUAACAUUUUUCAAAAAUAUUUAUUAUUCGUUCAGGAUUCACGCAACGACAAUCACCACAAUUCUCGGGUUCUCAAUCCGAACAACUACACUUGGCUUCUGGCUCCCGAAAUCAGAAUGGCCCAUUCCACGACAUUCAUUUACAUUAUAAUCAAGUCUUUCGUCGGGAAUUUCGAGGUAAACCUACCCUGAACUUCAAAAUUCAUAGAAAAAAAUUUCAGCAACGUGAAGCUGUGAGAAACACUUGGGGAAGUCGUCGUGUUGUCAACGGCGUCGAGGUCUACAAAUAAUCAAAGUCCACGUAACAUUCAAACUUCAGGUUGUUCCUGUUUUUGUGAUGGGAAGGUAUGAGGCGGGGCUCGAGCACAACGAGAACUGGAACCUAGUUGAGUUGGAGCAGGAACGAAACAAAGACAUUUUCGCUCUUGACUUCUCAGACACAUACCGCAACAACACCAAAAAAGUAGGCUCUUAGUGGAACAUUGCUCUCAUUUUCGAAAAAAUUCCAGUUUAUGGCCGCGAUUCGCUUUGCUCACGAAAGCCCCGACACUCCAGCUCCACUUUUCACGCUUCUUAUUGAUGACGACUACAUUCUGAGCGUAAAGAACCUUGUCGAAUACGCCAUGACAAAAAAUUCAAGUCUUGAGGUAUCAUAUUGUAUUGGUCCAUUAGGACAUUGCCAUUUUCAAUUUUUUGAAUGGUUUUGUUUAAAAAUAAGUUUUAUCUUUUUUAGAACUACGAAGGCUGGGCUUUUGACACUUCUCCAUUUCGACUGGCUUUCCACAAGCACUGGGUUUGUUAGAAGAUUUGAAUUAUUUUUGGAAACAGUAUUAAUCAAGGUUUCGAUCAACGACUACCCGUUCAGCAGGUACCCUCCGUACAUUUCGGCAGGAGCUGUUCUUCUGUCGCAGGCCACCGUUGAAACUUUCUAUCAUAUGAUUCCAUACGUCAAGGUGAACCUAGAAACUUUUUCUGACAUGAAUAUUAUCUCAGGAGUACUCGUUUGAUGAUAUCUAUGCUGGAAUUCUGGCGAAAAAAGCCGACAUCCUUGCCACUCAUAACCCGGCGUUUGUCUUCUGGACUCGCGAAACGACGAUCCAGGAAUGGAGGAGUGGAGAUUUGAUCGCUGCUCACGGCUACGACGCCAAGAAACUCAUCAAAACGUAUAAUUACCACAGAGGACUUGGCGUUCCCAUGUGA